AUCGCUCGCGCCCCGAUCCGUGGGUACCAAUCGGAGUACCAGCUUCGCCUGCAGUGACACGUGGCCACGUUAACCAACUGUAACAUUAUGGUUUUGAGACCACACUCCCCGGUAGCUCUGGUGUGUGGGCUGCUGAAUGUGUGCGCUGCGUUCGUGCCCAGCAACACCGCCGGCGGGAUGGGGUUGAUACCCAUCGCUGCCUCAGCACCUUGCCGACCUGCUGCUGUGUCUACAUCUGGGUCGGGAGGCCACCCAGACCACCGGCGCCACAUGGCGGUCACGAUGGCGAGCUCGGUGGCGCCAGCUCCGAGGACGAAAGCGGAAAAAACGAGCGAGCAAUUCAAGCUCAAGGAUGGGGGCAUGGUGGAGUUUGGGAGCGGUCAGCGCGUUGAGGCUUCAAUAUCCGGUGCUCCUCUGGAGAGCAUGCUGGAGUACAUUAGCGAACCCUCCCGCAUUGUGUACGCGUGCUGGGAGCACAAGGAUAUCAUGGACAUGGGGGACGGCGUGUUUCGGAUGGCCUUCAGGGGGCAGAGCUUUCUGUCGAUCUCGAUCGAUAUGUCGGUAGAUAUCCAGCUGUGGACGGCGGAGGACGGCACGAUCCAGUGCAAGUCGGUGGGCUACUCGGUCGACGACAUGGCCAAGCUCUUGGGCCAGGAAUUCGUGGACACGUUCUUUUUGGAGCUGGAGGGGAAGCUGAGGGUGGAGGAGACGGUAACCAAGGUCAGGGCGCUGUCCCUGAAGAACACGCGCUUGAGUGGCGACGUGGCAGUCACAAUAGGCGGCAAGAUGCCAGGCCUCUUGUCGGCGACGCCGGAGCCUCUGGUCAAGUCGGCCGCCUUGGGGAUUAACAACAAGGUUCUUGAGUACGUGUCGAACACUUUCGUAUCCACCGUCGCCGGGGACUACCGAAAAUGGUCUAGAGAUCAAAAGCUGGUGAAAUAGGCUAGCCAAGAAAGAACGGCGCUUCAGGAACGAACGGUCCGUGCUUCUUAUUGCGUGUGAAACAACAUCUUCACGUUUCUUGGGCCGUCCUUGUCGCCAAUCUUGGUGUGCAGAGGGUGGCCGGGUUGCCCCGGGGACCCGACACUUACGGCUGCUACAGGUAAACCUAGUGUAGUUGUUUCAAACCCAGUUCCUAGGCAAAGAUGGGCGCCGCGGCACGGUCCACAGUAUGUGUGGAAACGGCACUUGCUUUUAUGUUGCUGAAGGUUUAAUAAUCUUGGGAAACCUUGGAUAUCCUUCGCCUUUCUGAGGUGUAGCGCUUUCCCUUUUUUCUGGGAUCGUGGGUAAUGUUGGAACGACUGGUUAGUGGGAGAGGAUGGAUGUACCUCCUCCUCUUCCUCCUCCUCCUACAUUUUUUUUUAUGCUCUGAAGGUGUUCCUCGCCUCCUUUGCCUCUCGGCGAUCUCUAGCCUUGACACGUGAAGAGACCUUGUUCACGGACCUAUUCUAGCGAGGGCUUACAGUCUUGGCAACAAGAGAGUUGUGGGUUGAUGUUCGAGACCAUCGUGCACGAUUUUUCUUUUGUGUUACCGGAUUUGGGAAAAGGAUGUUUUCGAAGAAACGUUCGGCUUUUUAAGUCGGACAUGGGUGUGCGAUGGACGACAGGCGAUCUAGACAUGAGACUAGUGCAUGUUUCGCCGUCUCAGACUCUCGGGUGGUUGUGUUGUAUCGGUUUCUCGAUGGGGCGCGUGUGAGAUAGUGAGACAUUGAACUCCAGCAAGCCCAACCUCAUAGAUAUUCCGGUGUGAUCCGUGAAUAUCUGGGCAAGUAAAAACGCCGGAGUUUGAAGUUUCCCUUCCGUGCGAUGCAAUGCAAGCGUUUUGACGGGCACCUGCGCAUCGGGUGUGACAUGCCCUCGAACUGGCCCCCGUUGGCGACUCGAGUACAACUGAACCGACGCGUAAAAGUGCAGUUGAUGGUGUCUACACCGCGUUCGUGUCUGUAGCACACAACGUGUACCAUGUUCGCGUGUACUUUAGCUAAAGUGUUAUUGUCGAGAUCGUUUUGUUCCUGGGG